AUGUCACAAACCCCGUUGAAACUCGCCUUUGGUGCUUCGAGACCACUGCGGAGGUCCAGAGAUGCGACGACGUACCUCCAUCUAUGUCGAGCAUGCAGAGCCGGCCUCUCCACCUCUACCAUUCAGCGACAUAACUUGGGAUCCUCGCGACGACCAUUACUAGACUCUCUAUCCACGAGGGUAGCCUCAAGGCGACAUUUCUCCAGCACAUCCAUCACAAGGGCGACGGUUGUGCUUCAGAACCCCCGCACCGAUGACGAAGGCAACGACAUGACCAUUACGAUCUCCGAACGAGCUGCGAAGCGCUUGAAACAGAUCACCUCGGCGCCACCUCAGAAGAACACGUUAACAUCGAGUCCUUCGUCGUCUCAGGAGGCGCAUUUACGAGUCACCGUCACGAGUGGCGGAUGUCAUGGCUUCCAGUACCUCAUGUCUCUCGAGGACGCAUCAAAGAUUGACAAAGAAGAGGACACAAUAUUCGAGUACACUCCGUCGGAGGGGGAGUCAACCAGCUCAAAGGAUGACUCCGGCAGAGCAGAAGUUGUUAUGGACUCUGCAUCCCUAGAGUUGCUGAAGGGCAGCACUAUUGAUUUCACGCAGGAGUUGAUUGGGAGCCAGUUCAAGGUGGUAGGGAAUCCAAGAGCGACGAGUAGUUGUGGAUGUGGGACGAGUUUUGAUGUUGAAUGA